CGCGGGAGAUACGGGGGAGGAAAGGACGAGCUUUUGGGAAAGUGAGAAAGAAGGAGACGAUGGAGGGAGAAGGCGGCGACGGCGGCCGGAGAGAGGAGGUGGAGGCGGAGCCGCGGGACGCGCGGGUGGUGAAGGAGCUCCUCCGGUCGAUGGGGGUGGGGGAAGGGGAGUACGAGCCCCGGGUGGUCCACCAGUUCCUGGAGCUCGGCUACCGCUACGUCGUCGACGUCCUCUCCGACGCCCAGGUCUACGCCGAACACGCUGGCAAGACCGCCAUCGACCCCGACGACGUCCGCCUCGCCAUCCAGUCCAAGGUCAAUUUCUCCUUCUCCCAGCCCCCGCCCCGCGAGGUCCUACUUGAGUUAGCGAGGAGCAGAAACAAGAUCCCACUGCCCAAGUUGAUCGCACCGCCUGGGGGAAUUCCCCUGCCGCCAGAGCAGGACACCCUGAUCAGCCCCAAUUACCAGUUGCUGAUACCGAGAAAGCAGCCAUCCCAGGUUGAGGAGAAUGAGGAAGAUGAGGAUGGUUCCAAUCCGAAACCAAACCCCAAUAUGUCGCAAGAGCAGAAGGCUAGCACUGAUCAGCAAUCUCAGCAACAGACACCACAGAGAGUGUCUUUCCCUCUUAAUUCAGCUGCAGCUGCAGCAGCAGCAGCAGCAAAGAGGCCACGGUGAGCAGGGGGCUGGGGGGCACGGGCAAAAGCUAUGUGUUGUUAGCUAUUUUUUUGAACUAAAGUAGGAAAGUAAUUAUGAGAACUUUGAUUCUAAUCUCGCUCUUUUGUUGAAGAAACAAAGAAUUUUUAUGACCUCCAGCUGGUCGCAUUGGUAGAAAAUUAUGAGAAUAAUGUAUUGUUUGACGCAAUCUUGAUCUUUUUGUUGAGGAAGCAAAGAAGUUUUUGUGACCUGCAACACUGCCCUGAAAGUGCAAAUUUUCACAAAUAAA